AUGGUUGUAAUGAAGGAUCAUUCUCAACCCGAGUGCGGCCUUGUGUCGACAAGACUGAACCCACGCCUAGUUCGUAUUCUUUUUGAGCAUGGCGCCGACGCAAACUACAAAAUAUCGGAGACAGAACGGUCAAUGUGGGAUAAACUACUCCUGGUUGCGUUUCGAGAUGUCGACUACAAAGUUCCUGAAGUUGACGCAAUUCUUGAGGAGUUUGUUCAGUUUGGAGCAGACUUUGAUAGCACCGAGCUCCGUGAGUACCUGCGGGAUCGGUCCGUCGACACUACACGUCUUAGAACAGCGAUCGAACGGAAGACUGGAAAGCUGGCCAGUCAGCAAAACAGCGAUGAGGCUAUCGAUGUUGAAACAGAACAAGAGGAAAUGGACGACAAAGCGCGCGAAACAGCUAUGGAAGCAGCAAGAAUGGGUGGACAGAGGUCAAAGGAGAGGUCUUGGAGGCGAAGACUUUUGCGUUUCUUUAUGCGGCGCAGUGGCAAGAAGAGUAACGGUUGA